AACCAACAUAAAAGGGUAACUUAAAAAGUAUAAAAUCACACAAGGUUCACCCGACUCGGACCCUUUCCCCCCAAACUCGCUGAGCCAACUCGCCCGAUGGAGAUCGCUCGCGUGGAGCCGCCUUCUCCUGCUCUGGACGGCGAAACCCCCACUUCCUCCGCAGCCGCCGUUAUUGCGGACAGCAUAAAGCCGUCGCCAUCAACAUCGUCCACAUCGUUAGAGAAGGAAGAAAAAGCGUCUUCAUCAACGGCGUUCGGUAUCGUUGGGGCGGCGGCGAAGUAUGAUGCGGAGAUGGAGGAGGAAGAAGACGAGGAAGACGUUUGCAGGAUCUGCCGAAACCCCGGGGAUGCAGAAAAUCCGCUUCGAUACCCUUGCGCGUGUAGCGGCAGCAUCAAAUUUGUCCACCAGGAUUGCCUUCUUCAGUGGCUCAAUCACAGCAAUGCUCGCCAAUGCGAGGUUUGCAAGCAUGCAUUUUCUUUCUCCCCUGUGUAUGCUGAGAACGCUCCAGCAAGGCUUCCUUUUCAGGAGUUUAUUGUUGGGAUGGCAAUGAAAGCUUGUCAUGUUCUGCAGUUCUUUUUGCGCCUUAGUUUUGUACUUUCAGUUUGGCUCCUCAUUAUACCUUUCAUUACCUUUUGGAUAUGGCGGUUGGCUUUUGUCAGGAGUUUUGGUGAAGCUCAGAGAUUAUUCUUAAGCCAUAUUUCCACCACAAUCAUUCUUACUGAUUGUUUGCAUGGAUUCCUACUUUCUGCUAGCAUUGUGUUUAUUUUUCUUGGAGCCACUUCUUUGAGGGACUAUUUCCGGCAUCUUCGAGAGCUUGGAGGACAAGAGGCUGAGAGAGAAGAUGAAGGGGAUAGGAAUGGUGCUCGUGCUGCUAGGCGACCCCCUGGACAAGCUAAUAGGAAUUUUGCUGGUGAUGGUAAUGGUGAAGAUGCUGGUGGAGUGCAAGGCAUUGGUGGAGCUGGUCAAAUGAUCAGAAGGAAUGCUGAAAAUGUGGCUGCUAGGUGGGAAAUGCAGGCAGCUCGUCUUGAAGCUCAUGUUGAACAGAUGUUUGAUGGCCUGGAUGAUGCUGAUGGCGCCGAGGAUGUACCUUUUGAUGAGCUUGUUGGCAUGCAGGGUCCUGUUUUCCAUUUGGUUGAGAAUGCAUUCACUGUUCUAGCGAGCAAUAUGAUAUUCCUUGGUGUUGUCAUUUUUGUGCCUUUUUCUCUUGGCCGGAUUAUUCUCUAUUAUGUAUCUUGGUUUUUCUCAUCUGCAAGCGGUCCUGUCCUCUCAGCAGUCGUGCCUCUGACAGACACUGCCCUUUCCUUGGCAAAUAUCACAUUGAAGAAUGCAUUAACUGCUGUUACGAAUUUAACAUCUGAAGGCGAAGAAAAUGGCAUGCUUGGCCAGGUUGCAGAAAUGUUGAAAGCAAACUCUAGUGGAAUAGGUGAAGUUUCAAGCAACACAAGUGCACCAUUUUCAGCUGAUCUCUUGAAAGGAUCAACUAUUGGAGCAUCAAGGCUUUCUGAUGUUACAACUCUUGCUAUUGGAUACAUGUUUAUAUUCUCCUUAGUCUUCUUCUACCUGGGUAUUGUCACUUUGAUUAGGUACACUAGGGGUGAGCCUUUGACAGUGGGGAGGUUCUAUGGUAUUGCUUCUAUAGCUGAGACAAUUCCGUCCCUCUUCAGGCAGUUCUUGGCAGCAAUGAGGCAUUUGAUGACAAUGAUUAAAGUUGCAUUCCUGCUUGUAAUUGAGCUUGGAGUGUUUCCUUUGAUGUGUGGAUGGUGGCUAGAUGUAUGUACUAUAAGGAUGUUUGGGAAAUCAAUGUCUCAAAGAGUUCAGUUCUUCUCAGUUUCACCUUUAGCAAGCUCAUUGGUUCAUUGGGUUGUAGGAAUCGUAUACAUGCUACAAAUAAGCAUCUUUGUCAGCCUUCUUCGAGGGGUUUUACGUAAUGGAGUUCUGUACUUUCUUCGAGAUCCAGCUGAUCCAAACUAUAAUCCCUUCCGUGAUUUAAUUGAUGAUCCUGUACACAAGCAUGCUCGGAGGGUGUUAUUAUCUGUUGCAGUAUAUGGGAGUUUGAUUGUGAUGCUGGUAUUUUUGCCAGUCAAGCUUGCUAUGAGGAUGGCACCCUCUAUUUUCCCACUUGAUAUAUCGGUAUCGGAUCCAUUUACUGAGAUUCCAGCUGACAUGCUUCUCUUUCAAAUAUGCAUUCCAUUUGCCAUUGAGCAUUUUAAACUGCGGACAACAAUCAAGUCUCUUCUCCGCUACUGGUUUACUGCAGUUGGCUGGGCAUUAGGCUUAACCGAUUUUUUACUUCCCAGACCUGAGGAGAGUGGUGGCCAGGAAAAUGCCAACGGGGAACCAGGACGGCAGGAUAGACUACAGGUUGUGCAACUAGGUGGACAGGAACGGGCCAUGGUUGCACUUGCAGCUGGUGAUGAUCCAAAUAGGGGCCUUCUUGCAUCAGGAAUCUCCAAUGUUGUGGAGGUGUUUGACGGGGACGAACAAUCGGAUUCAGAGUAUGGCUUUGUACUUCGCAUUGUUCUCUUGCUGGUGGUUGCCUGGAUGACUUUGCUUAUCUUUAACUCUGCCUUGAUAGUAGUACCAAUAUCACUUGGACGUGCACUUUUCAAUUCCAUUCCACUUCUCCCAAUAACUCAUGGCAUUAAGUGCAAUGAUCUUUAUGCUUUCAUCAUUGGAAGCUAUGUCAUUUGGACAGCCAUAGCUGGAGCUAGAUACUCCAUUGAGCACAUUAGAACAAAGAGGGCUGCAGUUCUGUUUAGCCAAAUAUGGAAGUGGGGUACCAUUGUCAUCAAGAGCUCCAUGCUCUUAUCAAUAUGGAUUUUUGUCAUUCCUGUUCUUAUUGGUCUGCUUUUUGAGCUCUUGGUGAUUGUGCCAAUGCGUGUGCCUGUAGAUGAAAGUCCAGUUUUCCUCCUCUAUCAGGACUGGGCAUUGGGUCUCAUUUUUCUUAAGAUCUGGACUAGACUGGUUAUGCUAGAUCAUAUGAUGCCGUUGGUAGAUGAAAGCUGGCGAGUAAAAUUUGAAAGGGUGAGAGAAGAUGGUUUCUCUAGACUGCAGGGCCUUUGGGUAUUGCGGGAGAUUGUAUUUCCCAUCAUAAUGAAGCUGCUGACAGCCUUAUGUGUACCUUACGUAUUAGCCAGAGGGGUGUUUCCUGUGCUUGGCUAUCCAUUAGUGGUCAACUCUGCUGUAUAUCGAUUUGCAUGGCUAGGAUGCCUUGGCUUCAGCUUCUUGGGCUUUUGUGCAAAGAGAUUUCAUGUAUGGUUCACUAACCUCCACAAUUCUAUACGGGAUGACCGAUAUCUUAUCGGUCGUCGACUUCAUAACUAUGGGGAAGACUCAGCAGAGAAGCAAAGUGAGACAGGGACCUCCUCUGAAACCCAGAUUUCUAAUCUGAUGGGCACUGGAUUAAUCCGGCAUGACCGAGAGGCUGAUGUAGGGUUGAGAUUGAGGCGUGCUAAUUAAAACGAUGCCUGAUGAAAAGAUUGUCGAAAGUUUUAAAAGCUUGUAUUUAGUAUUGAAUGCAUGUUUCUAACUAUGUUGACAAGCAGGUAUACACUUGUUAGGCAUGCGGCCAAGAGUCUAGUUACUGGCUUACUUGUCAUUUCUGUGCAUAGAAUACAUGUUGACUUAGCAACUUAGGGGCUUGUCUUAAAAUUUCAGCGAGUUAGAAGUUAAAUAAAAAUCUAUAGUAUCUAUUUGUUUAUAGAAUAGCUCACGAUGUUGUACUAUCUUUUGCUAAUACGGAACAUGACAGGCUAGAUUUGAUUUUCA